AUGACGGCGAAAAAUCAUAAACACGGCUACGAGUUUGGCGGCCCUCUGGGCGCCAUUGGCAUCUCAUUCGGCCUUCCUGUCGUCUGCUACCUCUUCGCCUUCCUUUGCAACGAUGUCACCGGAUGUCCUCCUCCCUCGUUGACCGAUCCCUCCACUCUUAGCUUGGAAAAGCUCAAGCAAGAAGUCGCAUGGCCUGGCGUUGCUGGUCUCCUGAACACAAAAUCUGUUGUCGCGACCCUCGGAUACUACACACUCAGUCUCGCUCUCAAUGCCUUCCUCCCUGCACACACCACCAAGGGUGUUGUGCUCGCUUCUGGCGGAAGAUUGGACUACCGCUUCAACUCCUUCGCCUCUGCCAUGUUCAUCCUCACCAUCGCCGCCGCUGGUACCUUCCUCCAGGGCGCCGACUUCCCUGUCUGGACCUUCAUUAAUGACAACUACUUGCAGCUGUUGACGACAAACAUCCUCAUCUCCUACUUCCUUGCCACUUUCUGCUACGUUCGCUCCUUCUCCGUCAAGCCCAACGACCCUGACAACCGCGAACUUGCCGAGGGAGGUACCACUGGCAACAUGAUUUACGAUUGGUUCAUUGGAAGGGAACUCAACCCUCGUGUAUACAUCCCUAUCUUCGGGGAGGUCGACAUCAAGGCUUUCAUGGAGUUGAGACCUGGUCUUCUGGGCUGGGUUUUGCUUGACCUGGCUUUCGCCGCUCGUCAGUACGGCACUUACGGCACCGUGACCGAUUCCAUGUACAUUGUCGUCGGUACUCAGGCCUGGUACGUUCUUGACGCUCUAUGGAACGAGCCUGCUAUCCUGACCACCAUGGACAUCACUACGGACGGUUUCGGUUGCAUGCUUGCCUUUGGUGAUCUCGUCUGGGUUCCCUUCAUCUACAGCAUUCAAGCCCGCUACCUCUCUAUCCACGCUGUUCAUCUUGGCUGGGCAAAGGUCGCCUUCAUCAUGGCUGUCCAGCUUACUGGCUACUGGAUCUUCCGUUCCAGCAAUGGCGAGAAGAACAAGUUCAGAACCAACCCCAACCACCCUGACGUCAAGCACCUUGAGUACAUCGAGACCGCCCGUGGUACCCGCCUCUUGACCUCUGGCUGGUGGGGUACUGCCCGCCACAUCAACUACCUCGGUGAUUGGAUCAUGUCUUGGGCUUACUGCCUCCCCACCUGGCUCUCCGGCUAUGUCAUACACACUGCUGCUUUCACUGGCGACAAGAUCAUCAGCCAAGGACCCAAUGGCGAGAUGGCUGGCUGGGGUACUCCCAUCACUUACUUCUACAUGCUCUAUUUUGCCGUUCUCCUCAUUCACCGCGAACGUAGAGACGAUGCCCACUGCCGUGCCAAGUACGGCAAUGACUGGAACCGCUACUGCGCCAUUGUCAGAUGGAAGAUCCUGCCUGGUGUUUACUAG